AUGGGCUCGCUGUUCGGACGAUCGAUGGACCGUCUCCGGCGUUCCAUUCGCCAGUCUUUCCGCCGAGGAGGACGGCGUAGUCCUGAGAGUAAUACCCCCUCGGAACUUGUAACAACAUCAAAUGGCGCAGGUGGUAACAAGCAGGAACACUGGCAACCUGAUGAAGCUGCAGUGAGAGCUGGCUUGUGUCACUUUUCUGUGAAGUACUUGGGAGCAGUGGAAGUUUAUGAAUCUCGCGGAAUGCAAGUUUGUGAGGGAGCAUUGAAAAUGCUUAGGAGCAAUAGAAGACGACCUAUAAAAGCAGUUUUGUAUGUUUCCGGAGACGGGUUACGUGUCGUCGAUCAAGAAAAUAAUAGAGGGUUGAUUGUCGACCAAACAAUAGAAAAGGUUUCCUUCUGUGCACCAGAUCGUAACAAUGACAAGGGCUUUGCAUACAUAUGUAGAGAUGGAACUUCAAGAAGAUGGAUGUGUCACGGUUUCCAUGCGACAAAAGAAUCAGGUGAACGUCUUUCUCAUGCUGUUGGAUGCGCAUUUUCUAUAUGUCUUGAAAGAAAGAAAAAGCGUGAUGAAGAAAACGUGCAGAAUCUCGAGAAAGCUCUCAAUCCCAACUGGGAAGAUAAGGGCGAUGCAGCGACUAACGCACAACGAACGAAUCAGGCUUAUCAGUCAUUCCGGAAAUCAAUUCCCAUUAGCGAACGCUUGCAGGAUCCGCAGUCAGCGAUUGUUAACAACGCCCCACUUGCUUCUGCUCAUCAGCCUUCGUCAAGCAUAGCAAAGCCUCGCCCAUCUCCUAACCCUGCCUUGUUCCAAAGACAGGUGAAUAUCAAACUGUAUGACAUUACUGGUGUCAGCAGAAAUCUCUCGCUUUGA